GCCAGUCGUUAGUGACGCACUGCCAGUGAGCAGUCCACUGCGUCUGCGCACUUUAUUUCUGUAAACAAAGAAUUAACACUCGCGAAUAUUGACUGUGUUUUAUAUAAAAAAAUGGCGAAACUAUUGAGUAAAGAACUCCCGGAUAUUGAGAAUCUGUUAAGAUUGAACCCAACAGUGAAACAAUAUUCAAAUGUGGUGCCAUCUGCGCAUACGAAAAAGAACAAGCAACACUGGAAGAGGAAUACAGAUAGAAAAUGUACAACAUGUCCCACGUUGACCAACAAUUUCGAUGAUAUAAAACACACGACGUUAUCAGAACGAGGUGCCUUGAAGGAGGCGGCGAGAUGCCUCAAGUGUGCCGAUGCUCCAUGCCAGAAGUCAUGUCCAACGCAGAUCGACGUCAAGAGCUUUAUAACUAGCAUUGCUAACAGGAACUACUAUGGAGCAGCAAAAGCCAUUUUAUCGGACAAUCCUCUGGGUCUUACGUGUGGUAUGGUGUGCCCUACUAGCGACCUCUGUGUCGGGGGCUGCAACCUUCACGCCAGCGAAGAGGGUGCUAUCAAUAUUGGUGGCCUGCAGCAUUUUGCUGUCGAAACAUUCAUGAAGAUGGGAAUUCCGCAAACCUUGGACCCUAAUAUGAAAGCGUUGCCAAAAGGCGGAGACCAGAAGAUAGCGUUAAUAGGAGGCGGUCCAGCCAGCAUCAGUUGUGCUUGCUUCUUAGCAAGACUUGGAUAUAAGGACAUUACUAUUUAUGAAAAAGAGAAGUACAUUGGCGGGCUAAGUUCGUCAGAGAUACCACAAUAUCGUCUCCCAUUCGACGUGGUGCAAUUUGAGGUGGAACUAGUGAAAAAUCUUGGAGUAAAAUUUGUGACAGGCAGGAAACUGUCAACGAAAGAUAUUACAGUUGAUAAUCUACUAAACAACGGUACCGCACUAGUAUUUCUUGGUAUCGGCUUACCAGAACCCAAUAGUGUUCCGAUAUUUAAGGGGUUAACGCAAGAAAUGGGUUUUUACACCAGCAAAGAUUUCUUGCCAUUGGUAUCUAGAGGCAGCAAAAAAGGAAUGUGUGCAUGUAAGUCAUCGCUACCUGAAUUACAUGGCAAUGUGAUCGUUCUGGGUGCCGGAGAUACAGCAUUCGACUGUGCGACAUCGGCCCUCCGAUGCGGUGCGAGACGUGUCUAUGUUGUUUUCAGAAAAGGUUUCAAUAAUAUUAGGGCAGUACCUGAAGAGGUCGAUCUGGCAAAAGAAGAAAAAUGUGAAUUUAUACCGUUCAUGUCGCCUCAGGAAGUCAUAGUGAAAGACGGUGCUAUCGCUGCAUUAAAAAUGUGUCGCACUGAGCAACUAGAUAACGGCGAUUGGAUAGAGGACCCUGAACAAAUUAUGCAGCUGAAAGCUAACUUCAUUAUCUCAGCGUUUGGCUCCGGACUUUAUGAUAGCGAUGUAAAAGAGGCUAUGUCAAGCGUAGCCCUUAACCGUUGGGGACUGCCUGAGGUGGAUAAUAUCACAAUGCAAAGCACUAGCAACCCUCGCGUGUUCAUUGGCGGAGAUUUGGCCGGGGUAGCAGAGACCACUGUUGAGUCGGUCAACGAUGGCAAGACUGCUGCUUGGUACAUGCACUGUUAUAUACAAGGACUGCCAUUCAAUUCACCAAUCGAGCUACCGAAGUUCCACUGUCCCAUCGACGAUGUGGAUCUAUCUGUGGAAGUGUGCGGGAUCAAGUUUGAGAACCCAUUUGGAUUGGCUAGCGCCCCACCAACUACCAGCUCCGCAAUGAUACGUCGCGGUUUCGAGCAAGGAUGGGGCUUUGCCGUCACUAAAACAUUUGGUCUAGAUAAGGAUUUAGUAACGAAUGUGUCCCCGCGAAUAGUCCGCGGGGUGACCUCCGGCGAGAACUACGGCCCCGGUCAGGGUUCAUUCCUCAACAUCGAGCUCAUCUCCGAGAAGUGUGAAGCCUACUGGUGUCAGAGCGUUGCCGAAUUGAAACGGGACUUUCCGAAUAAAGUAGUCAUAGCGUCAAUAAUGUGUUCGUACAACAAAGAAGAUUGGACAGAGUUGGCUCAGAAGGCCGAAGCAGCCGGCGCUGAUGCUCUCGAAUUGAACUUGUCGUGUCCGCACGGAAUGGGAGAAUCUGGAAUGGGCUUAGCUUGCGGACAGGAUCCUGUUUUAGUAAAAGGCAUAUCCCAGUGGGUGCGCGAGGCCAUCAAGAUACCAUUCUUUGUGAAACUCACGCCUAACAUCACUGAAAUAGUUACCAUAGCAAUUGCUGCUUACGAAGGAGGAGCUAGCGGGGUGUCAGCUAUAAAUACGGUGUCGGGGUUAAUGACCGUUAAACCUGACGGAAUACCGUGGCCGGCUGUGGGAGUGGAGAAACAUACAACGUACGGCGGCGUGUCGGGGAACGCGACGCGUCCGAUGGGGCUCCGCGCCGUGUCCGCUAUAGCCAACAAACUGCCCGGCUUCCCAAUACUUGGUAUUGGCGGUAUAGACUCUGCAGAUUCAGCACUACAGUUCAUUAUGUGCGGCGCGCCUGUUGUUCAGAUCUGCAGUGCAGUACAGAACCAAGAUUUCACCGUCGUGGAAGACUACAUAACCGGACUGAAGGCGCUUCUGUAUUUACGUUCCCUGGGGCUAGACAGUUGGAGUGGUCAGUCUCCGCCUACUUUCAAACACCAGAAGGGGAAACCGGUUCAAACGUUGUACGACGAAAAUGGCAAGGUACUUGCACACUUCGGGCCUUACAACAAAAAGCGUGAAGAAAAGCUACAUGAGAUCAGGCUGAAAACAGACUUGUUAGGCGAUAAUAAAGUAGAAAUUCAAUCGAGUAAUGGUAUUAAUGGAACAAACAACGGAACAAACUGUAAAGUGCCAAGUAUUCAAGAGGUGCUUGGAAACGCGUUGCCUAGAGUCGGAACUUACAAGCAUUUGGAUAAUACUAAACAAGUGGUUGCCCUGAUCGAUGAUGAUAUGUGCAUAAAUUGUGGUAAAUGCUACAUGGCCUGCGCCGACUCUGGAUAUCAAGCUAUUGAAUUUGAUCCUGAGAAUCACAUUCCGCAUGUAACAGACGACUGCACAGGAUGCACGUUAUGUUUGUCCGUAUGUCCCAUUAUCGACUGCAUUUCGAUGGUCCCGAAAAAGAUACCUCACGUUAUCAAAAGAGGUUUACGUUAUGACGUUCUACAAGUAUCGCCACUGGACGACAUAUGUUAACAGGAUAGAAUAACAAAACAAAUGUAAGAAUAUAUAUGUAUAUUAAUUAUACAAUAAAAUAUAUUUUAUUUUCCAUUUA